AUGGUGACAGUUUUUCCUCUGGAUCCAAGCAACUCGAUGAACUGGUCAGGAGGAUCUGACAUUCCUGACACAGUUCCAAUCAUCGAGCCAACGCCAGACUACCAGAGCGAAGGAGAGCUCCGGAAGUACUCGGGAGUAUCACUGAUUGUACCUCGCCGCGAUGAAGAAUGCUGGACAGUCGGCAGUUUACAAGGAUGCAAAGAUGACACUCCGCUCAUCCAUCUUCGACCCACACAGCGCAGCAACUCUGCACCAACAGUUAUAGAAGUUGGAGACGCAGUCAGAAGAUCAAGCUGGAAACGAUCAAAAGAGACUGAAAAGAAAGAGUGGAUUGUUCGGGCAUCGAACCUGCUGAAUGAGCACUAUGCUCAGUCGAGAGCUGGAUACAUUGUGCUGAAGCGGUAG